ACUGUGGGUGUUGCCAUGUACUGACGUUCCACCAGUUAAAAAUUUUGCAGGUGGUAGCGUUUAGGAAAACAUCCAUGAGAGCUGUUGCAGUAGCUUCCACUGUAUGCAACGAAAGGAAGAGUGGGUGUCUCUGAGCCUGUCCACGUUUGGAAUUUAACUAACGCCAGACCCAAGUGGAAGAUCUGUGCAUAUCCAAAGUAAUCUUGACUGGAACCCGCCACGACCCCGACUUCAAGGAAGAAGUCUUCUAGGACCACAUGUACUUGCAGUGGCCUUUGACCAGCUGAUGAGCUGACGCAUCACCUAAAGGAAUUAAGGACUGGGCUCCCCUUUUAUAGCCGAGGACUCUCACAAAGAUGGAAUCUGAAAAUAUGUCCCUUACCACCAGUUGGGAAAAUAUCACAGAUUCACUGUGCCCCUCCAUCGAUGACUUCCGCAGUGAGGUGUACCCCACCAUCUACUCCAUCGUCACAGUCCUUGGCCUGCUGGGUAACGGCUUUGCCCUCAUCAUCCUGAUCAGGACUCUUCACGAGUGCUCAGCGUUCCACAUCUAUAUGCUGAACUUGGCAGUUUCAGACCUGCUGUGUGUCAGCACCCUACCACUGCGUGCCAUUUACUACUUUAGGAAGGGUCAAUGGGAAUAUGGUGACUUCCUGUGCAGAUUCAGUUCCUAUGCCUUGUACGUAAACCUCUACUGCAGCAUCUUCUUCAUGAUGGCUGUGAGCUGCACUCGCUUCCUUGCCAUUGUCUUCCCAGUGCAGAACCUCAGGCUGGUGAGUGUACGCAAGGCCUGCACUGUCUGCAUCUGCAUUUGGGUGUUCAUCUGCUUAACAGGCUCGCCCUUCCUCAUGCAAGGUAUCCAUGUGGACCCCAUCACUAACAAAACAAAAUGCUUUGAGCCACCUGAUGUGGAACGGGAUAUCAACAAGCUCAUAAUCCUGAACUAUUUCUCCGUGGUGGUGGGCUUUGCAAUCCCCUUCCUGAUCAUUCUGCUGUGCUAUGCUGGCAUCAUAUACACUUUGCUAUUUAGCUCCACCACCAUGAGUAAGAGCAAUCGUACUAAAGCAGUCAGCAUGAUUGUCAUUGUCAUGCUGGCCUUUUUUAUCAGCUUCAUGCCCUAUCACAUUCAGCGCACUAUUCACCUGCACUCAAUGGGUCACUACAACUGUGAUGACAUUGUCUCCAUACAGAAGUCUGUAGUGGUUACACUCUGUUUAGCUGCCUCCAACUCCUGCUUCGACCCCAUGCUCUAUUUCUUCUCAGGGGCGAACUUCCGCCAUAAAAUCUUUACCCUCAGCAGAAAAUCACAAAGACCACUCAGCGCAAGAUCACCCCUCAAGUCCUAAGUUCUCACCGUCUUGGGAAAGCCACUCCAAUGUUGACUCUUGUCUUGUAGUGUGCUCUGUCUAAUUGGCUUUUAUUACUUUAAAAUUCUGUUGACAAACUUAUUUUCUUCGGCUCAAAUGUUGAGGACACUAGUAGCUCUUUCUGCCACUGUGAUUGUACUACUGAAAAUUAGUGGCAACAAACUUUGAUAGGCUUUGGGCAUGUCCCUAAAUGCAGUUUUGUUCAUAAAAAGUUUCAUACAGUAUAUAAUGAGCUUUCGCAAUAAAUAAAACGUUUUCAGCUUAAGGGGUAUUUAUCAUGUUAUAUCUUGUCAAUAAGUAUCGUCAGGUGAUAUGGUCCAAAAUCAGGUCAAGGAAAUGAAGUAGAGUACAUAGCCAAAAGUAUGUGGACCCCUGACAUCCAACA